CUCUAGAACUUUCUUCCUUGCCUCCGCCUCCACCUCCACCUCCGCCCCCCUUCCUCCUCCAGCUCCAAACCCAGGAAACCCUCGCCUCCCCUCCCGGCGUCCUAUUCCCGCCGCCCGAAUCCCACCCCAACCGGACCCGAGCUAGAAGGAGGAGCAGAGCAAGAUGCCCCCGAAGAAGGCGGCGGCGUCGAAGGCCGACGUCGCGAAGAAGCAGAAGGUCGUGGAGGACAAGACCUUCGGGCUCAAGAACAAGAACAAGAGCAAGAACGUCCAGAAGUACGUCCAGUCGCUGCACCAGUCCGUCCAGCCCAAACCCGACCCGACCAAGACCGCCGCCAAGAAGAAGAAGGAGGAGGAGAAGGCGCGCGAGAAGGAGCUCAACGAUCUAUUCAAGGUCGCCGUCAGCCAGCCCAAGGUCCCCGUUGGUGUCGACCCCAAGUCGAUACUUUGUGAGUUCUUCAAGGCCGGACAAUGUCAGAAGGGUUUUAAAUGCAAGUUCUCACACGACCUGAAUGUCCAAAGGAAGGGCGAGAAGAUUGAUAUUUACAGCGACAAGCGCGAUGGAGAGGAAGAAGAUACAAUGGAUGACUGGGACCAGGAGACCCUUGAGAAAGUUAUUGCGUCAAAAAACGCAGAGUACCAGCAGAACAAACCUACUGAUAUUGUUUGCAAGCACUUUCUUGAUGCUGUGGAGAAGAAGCAGUAUGGGUGGUUUUGGGUUUGUCCAAAUGGCGGCAAGGAGUGCCGCUACAGGCAUGCCCUUCCGCCUGGCUAUAUACUAAAGUCUCAGAUGAAAGCCUUACUAGAGGAAGAGAGUAAGAAGGUUGCAAUUGAAGAUGAGAUUGAAGAUCAGCGCAGAAAGGUUCAAACCACAACCCCUAUGACUACAGAAUUGUUCAUGGAAUGGAAAAGGAGGAAGGCAGAAGAAAAGGAAGCUGGUCUGGCGGCCUUGCGGGCGGAUAGGGCUAAGAAUGACCGUAUGAGUGGCCGCGAGUUGUUCAUGGCCGAUGCAAGUGUGUUUAUUGAUGAUGCUGAAGCAUAUGAAGUUUAUGAAAGACGUGAAGAGCCACAAGCUAACCAGGAACAGGGCAAGAAAAGUCAGGAUGAAGGUCCAAGCUCAUCAACAUCUAAUGGCAAGGAGGCCGAUGAGGAGCUGGAUGAUGAAGAUAUAGAUGAUGACGAUGACCUCGACCUUGACGAAUUAAAUGAACUUGAAGCAAGCCUGUCGAGAACUUCCAUUCAAAUUCGAGAACCAGGUGAGGGGACAUCAUCUUGAACAGGGAGGUCAUUGAGAAGUCGUACUCCAUUUUUGCGCUCCAAAUCGGCCUACUUGCUUUAUUAGAUACAGAAGGGUGGAGCAUAGAUGCAAGUGGACAUUAGUUUCAAGUGACUAUGCUCAUCAUCUGUUUUGAGGGAGCGAUGAUUAACUGAUGAUGCCCAGUGUUAAGAACAUGACAUUUGAUGUUUCCUGUGUUGCCUUGUUGUCUUUGUGGGAGUUAUUUUGCUACUUUGUGAAUAACAGCACCAACGUUUUUCUAGCCUUGUGCAAAACCUAUAUGGAAAACCUUGGUGCGGACCUAUUUAUAAGUGGUGGCCCAGGAUUGUAGUCUUUUUAUCCCCUUUCUUUAAGAGAAUUUGUGGAUCUUAGAUCA